AUGGUUAAUAAAAAUGAUUUAGUACAAAAAAGUAAUAAUAUUUAUUUUUCCAAUAAUGAAAACAUUAUAGAUAGGAAAAAUAAUAAUAAUUUGUUCAAUAUAAAAAUAAUAAAAUGUAAUACUAAAAAGGAUAGUUGUGCUUUGCUAUUUCUUCUUAUAAGUUUAAGUUGUGUUAUAUUAUUGUUUUAUAUAUAUGAGGCACCCUUUAUUAAUAUUGAUCAUUCUUCAACAUCCUACUGCAAGCAAAGUAGAUCCUUAUAUGAAUCCGAAAUAUUGCAUCAAGAAAGUUAUCAUAAUGAUCUGUUACAAUAUAAGAACCCUCAUAAGAAUAUACAACAGAAGGCAAGUGAUGGAACAUUUCAUAAGAAUGACUUAUUAAAAAAUGGUAGUAACCAUACUUAUGUAAAUGAUAUAUUGGGACAUGUAAAAAAUAAAGCACAUAAUAUAAAUAAUACAAAUGACAAAUUAAAGAAUAAAAAAUUUGAACCGCCAAGAGAUAUAUAUUCAAAUGUAGAAAAAAAAAUAAAAAAAGAAAAUUUGGAAGGACAUAAGAAUAAAUUGAAGAACCCUCAUUCUAAAUAUGAUGAAUUACCGAAAAGUAAAAAAAUAAAAAAAAUAAAAAAAAUAGAAAAAAUAGAAAAAAUACAAAAUAUAGAAAAAAUAGAAAAUAAUUUGAAAGAAAAAAUGAACCAAUCAGAUGAUACAUUUUAUUUUUAUGAUAAUUUUAAUAUGGAUAAAGGGUCCAAAAAUAUGACAACAUCAAAUAAGAUAGAUAAUCAUAACAAUACAAAUGAUAAUGACAAUAUUUCGUUAAAAGAAAAGAAAAAAACCUAUUAUGAUUAUUUUCCAUUGAGACGUUUUUCUUCAGAGGAAGAACUGGAAAUAUAUUUAAAAAAAAAUGGAUUAAGCCAAGAUCAUUUUGAUAGAUAUUUAGAAAGACAAUUUAUAAAUGAAGAACAAAAUAAUAAAAAAUAUAAUGCUAAUAAUUAUGAUGAUGAUAAUUAUGAUAAUGAUGAUGAUUUAUCCAAACAUAAUGUAUAUACAUAUAAUAAUAAUAAUAAUAGAUCAGAAGAAAACUUUUAUAAUUAUUUGAAUGAAAAUGGACUAACGGAGGAACAUUUCCAUCAAGAACUUUUAAAACGUUCCGUAUCAGAAAAUGAUUUGAAUAACGAUUUGAUAGUAGAACAAUCUUUAUCAUUACCAAAAAGAGAAGUUUCAAUAGAUUCCAUACUAGAGCAUACCUUAUAUAAAGGAAAAGAUACUUAUAAAUAUUUAUUAUCAAAUAGUAAAACACGAAGAAACUAUUCAAAUACAUCAUCCAUUUCAGCAUUUUCAAAAAGUAGUAGAAAUGUUUCAAACGCAUCAUCCAUUUCAGCAUUUUCAAAUAGUAGUAGAAAUGUUUCAAACGCAUCAUCUUUGUCAUCAUUAAAUCAAGAUGAUGAACACGAUGAUUUCAAAACAUAUCUAUUAAAAAAUAAUAUAACGGAAGAACAUUUUCAUCAAGAAUUAUUGAAAUAUAAUGGAGGGAGAAAACAAGAUAAGAAAAAGAACAAAAAGAAGAAAAAUAAAAAAAAUAAAAAAAAUAAAAAAAAUAAAAAAAAAGAUUUGUAUGUAAAUGAUGAUGAUUAUAAUAACUUAUAUAACAAUUUUGAAUUUGAACAAUAUAAAAAUUUUCUCAAUACAGAUAAUAAUAUAUAUGAAGAAGCAUUAUUAAAUUCUUUGAUGAAAUUUGUGUUUGAUGAUGAGAAUUAUCUCAAAGGUAAAUUCUUAAGAGGUUAUUUACUCAAAGAAGUUAUCUUAAAAAGUGAUUCAGAAGAAAUACAAAAUGCCCUAGAUUUUCUUCGUAUUGAUAUUGUAGGCGCACAACUUAUGACCUUGAGUCAAUUUAUAUAUGAAUAUGAAGAUAGAGAUGAACAAAUUAAAACCUUACUUGAAAUAUUUGUAGAAGAUUUAGAUGAACAAGACAAACUUGAUAUAUGUAAAAAUAUGAUACAAUAUAUGAAGUGCAAUGAUAUGGACAUUGAAGCAAUAUAUGAAUCUUUGUUAGAUCGAGAAUUUAAAAUUCCUAAACGAGUAAAAAUGAUACUUAAUUUAAAGGCGGGAAUGGUAUUUGGUGCAGCAAUCAUAUCGUUAAUUCUGUUUUGUUGUUGCACUACUGCAACAGCUGGUGGUGUAAUUGUUGGCUUGGGUUAUAUACUCUUAGGUUGGUAUAUAUCAUCAUUUAUUAAGGCCCAAAAGAAAUGGACUCGCCAAAGAUGA